ACUACAGUAACAGCAAUAUACGACCAAAGAUGGCGCCCCACGUUUGUCUCUUGUGAGGAAAUGUUGUUAGAGAAAAUACUAUUUCACGUAUCUAGGCAGUUUUGCGAUAGUUUAUUGUGAAAGCAAGAUAUUACAUUUAUAUUUUCGCUAUUUACGUGUGAUAAUUGUAUUGUGCAAGCCGCAAUGGCGAUGCAAGGUGGGACUGCACUUCAGGAGAAGGUCAGUCGGAUGUUGAGCAGAAAGCAUAAAAAGCCCGUUCUGAAACCCAACAAGCCGCUUGUUCUGAAAGAUGAGGUCGCCAACAGGAAAAUUAAGAAAGGGGAGGCCACAUGCGUCACAGAGAUGUCCAUGAUGAUGGCGUGCUGGAAGCAGAACAACUUCGUCGACACCCUCUGCUCCAAUGAAAUGCAGUCCUUCUAUAAGUGUGUUGAGAAAGCCCAGAUUGCAGUGAAAAACAAAUCGGAGCAACACACCAUCGGCCAGAGUGGACGCCUUCAACCCAAACAAGCUACUAUCCUGCUGAAAAGAUACCCCAACUUACACGUAGAAAUCUAGGACUACUCCCAGCCCUACUACUACGAUGUAUUAAUUGACAAAGGUUGUGGGCCGGAGAAUCUUAACCACCCUGCCCACUGUCCUCUGUUAUCAUGCUUGGCCUUUGUGGCCAACUGAGGUCUCUGCUAGUUCUUACGGUAAAGAGGAAGUCUCUUAGAUCACAGAAACAUCACCAACGUUCCACGAAUGCUAGACGUGAUUCAUCAACUAAGUGGAUUUAUUGUGCUGCAGAUGCACUUCUUGUGCUUGCCAUGUUAAAUUGAGUACGCUGUUAUAGGUCAUCAUAUAAAACAGUACCAUUAAAAUGGCUUCAGUCACAAAAGAAGAUUCCUACGAAUAUGUAACUUCACUCACUGUCUAGUAUUUUGAAGAGCAUUUUCAUUACGGUUCAUUUCAGUUAUUGCUAUAUUAUUGCAUGGCUUUUUAAGAUGCCCUAUUAAUUUACAUUUCUCAAAUAACGAUCAAGGACAUUUGUUUUCAUAACUUGACAUGAUAUUGUGUGUGUGCCCUGGAUGAAAUAUAGUGUGACUGACUGUUAUCUCAGUGUCCUGAGUUGACUCCCAUAAAAUGUAUUUCCCUUUAAAAAUGAUCUAAAUAAAUCCAUACUGCACAGACAGUGGUUGCUAACGAUAUUAAGAUAUUAGUGACCUCUGCAGUAUUUAAUUAUGGUUAUUUUGUUGCAUUUCCUCUGGAGUGCACCACCACCGGACAUUCACCUCAAUAGGAUACCUAUUUUGAGUUUCCAAUGGAUCACUCAAAUGUAAUUUGAAACACUCCUGAUAUAGUUGAACUGCCUAGCUGUUCUGUAUUAUUGGCCAAUUUGCCAGAUAGGAUUACAUGCCAGGAAGCAAAGCCCAUUGCAGGUCAUAGUCUUAUAGGUAUUGGAAAUCAUAUUAAGAUGACUGAGGUACCAAGAUAAUAUCUCAGUGACCGACUAAUGUCUACUGGAAUAUCAGCUCCAGUUUCCAUUACCUUAUAAUUCACUCCUUUUUAUAACUCACUCCUUAUAAUUCAAGUCCUUUUUAUUCAGGCAAUGGUUUUUAUUUUGUGCUAAUUAAGUUUGAAGUCUGUCAGCGUUGGGAUGUUGGAUACACUGUCUUAUGUCUGCCAUCCAGGUAACUGCUAAAUCCUCUAUCAGAUCUUGGAGGGUCCUCAUUAUAAAAAGAGAAAAGUUGCCAUCUCGCUCCACCCA